GAAAAAUGGCUAAAGCAAUGUCAAGUAAACAAGAUCUUUUUAUGUGUUCUAUUUGCUUGGAUCUACUGAAGGAUCCAGUGAGUCUCAGCUGUGGACACAAUUACUGUUCGGGCUGCAUUAACAGCUGUUGGGAUCAGGAAGAUCAGAAGGGAGUUUACAGCUGUCCCCAGUGUAGACAUGCAUUCACUUCGAGGCCAGUUUUGAAAAGGAAUAAUGUUAUGGCCGAGCUUGUGGAAGAAAUGAGGAAGACUACAAUUCAACCUGAUGCUCCCGCUGACGAUGGAGAUGUGCAGUGUGAUGUUUGCUUCGAGAAAAAACUCAAGGCUGUGAAGUCCUGUCUGGAUUGUCUGAUGUCUUAUUGUGAAACUCACUUUAAAGCUCACAACGAUCUCAACAGAGGGAGAAACCACUCAAUAGUCGACGCCACUGGACAACUACAGGAAAGGAUUUGCCCCCGUCAUAACAAGGUUCUUGAAAUCUAUUGUCUUACUGAUCAAAGUUGUGUCUGCUACUUGUGCACAAUGGACCAACAUAAAGGCCACGACACCAUCGCAGCUGCAGCAGAGUGCGAUAAUAAAAAGCAAAGCUUUCUCAAGAUCCAGACGAGAUGCCAGCAGACAAUCCAGAAGAGAGAGAAGGAGGUUCAGGAGCUGAGGAGAGCAGUUGAGACUCUGAAGAGCUCAGCACAGUCUGCAGUGGAACACAGUGACCAGAUGUUUGAUGACAUCAUUCGCUCUGUUGAGAGAAGGCGCUCUGAGGUGACAGAGCUGAUCAGAGAUCAGGAGAAGGCUGAGGUGAGUCAUGCUGAACGACUCCUGAAACGACUGGAGCAGGAGAUCUCUGAGCUGAAGAAGAGAGUUGCUGAGAUGGAGCAGCUUUCACACACACAGGACCCCAUCCAUUUCCUCAAGAAUGUCGGGUCCAUCUCUGAUAUUCCUGACAGUACAAUUCCAACCAGCCUGACUGUCAACUCCAACCUUUCCUUUGAGUCGGUGAAAACAUCUGUCUCUGCACUGAAGACGCAGCUGGAGGAGAAAUUAGACUCUAUCUUCAAGCAGGAAGUACUCACAGUAUCUGCAACAGUCGUACUUUCUGUUGCAGUGUCUGAAGUACAGGCAGCUGUUACUGAACCAGUGACCAGAGAGGACUUCUUGCAGUAUUACUGCAAUUUCACCCUGGAUCCAAACACUGCAAACAGAUACCUCCAUCUGUCUGAGGGGAACAGGAGGGUGGAGAGGAGAGAUGAUGCCCCCCAGUCAUAUCCAGACCAUCCAGAGAGAUUUGAUGACAAGUGGUGCCAGGUAUUGUGUAGAGAGGGUGUGUCUGGACGCUGCUACUGGGAAGUUGAGUGGAGUGGUCAGUGGGUUAAUAUAGCUGUGGCAUAUAAAACCAUCAGCAGGAAAGGGGAACAAGAUGAUUGCUGGUUUGGAGAGAAUAAUCAGUCAUGGAAACUUUCUUGUUACCCCAACAAGACAUUUGUCUGCCACAAUAAUAAACAAACUAAACUCCCUCUAGUGGCCAGCUCCAGAGUAGGAGUGUAUGUGGACCACAGGGCAGGGACUCUGGCCUUCUACAGCAUCUCUGACACCAUGAUGACACUCCUGCACAAAGUCCAGACCACAUUCUCUCAUGCACUCUACCCAGGGUUUGGCUUAGGAAUUGAAUCAUCAGUGAAGCUCUUGUGA